UGGGCCAGCCCAUUUUCUACCUUAGCAUAAACCCUAGAAACGUAGAACGCACCUCAUCUUCCGGUCUUCUUCGAUCUGUCGUCUGCAGUCGUUGCAGCUUACAAGGGUUUCCAAUCCUUCCGACCUCCAAAAGCCCCAAAUCAAAUCAGAGGUUUUGGAUUCUCAGUAAGUAGCACGAUGGUUGCCACGAAGAAGACGAAGAAGACUCAUGAGAGCAUUAACAACAGGCUCGCCCUCGUGAUGAAGAGUGGGAAGUAUACGCUUGGAUAUAAAACUGUUCUUCGGUCACUGAGAAGCUCAAAAGGAAAACUCAUUAUUAUUUCAAACAACUGUCCACCUCUGCGGAAAUCUGAGAUUGAGUACUAUGCGAUGCUUGCGAAGGUUGGAGUGCACCAUUUCAAUGGAAACAAUGUAGACUUGGGCACAGCAUGUGGAAAAUAUUAUCGAGUGUCGUGCCUUAGCAUCAUUGAUCCAGGUGACUCCGAUAUCAUCAAAACACUGCCUGGUGACCAGUAACUGGAGUUUGGUAGUAAAAAUAGUGUUUCAUUGGUACCUCUCUUAGAAGCAAGAUUAAUUUUGUCAUUGGAAUGAGGCAGUGUGUGGUUUUCCAUUUUUGAUUUUUAUUUAAUUUUGCAUAUCAGAUCGACUUAAUAAGCAUAUAGUAAUGCUUUAGAUUCACAUCUUAUUGUUGAAAAUCAAAGACAUGAGUGUGUGUGACUGGAGUUGGAAGGUCAAAUUUAAGUUUAGUUUGUUUGGG